AACCAGUAAUAAUUGUUUCAUUAAACUCAGUGUUACUCUUUCGGCAUGGUUACUUGCCAGUUGCCACCUCAGAACAGAAGCCCAAAAAAGCUAACCUCGCUUUCAAAUUCAUUCACUGCCCCCACAAAACAACAAAACCAACUACUUUAGGAUCGCAUUGUUUUCUGUGAAUUCCUUUCACUCCCAAAUGCCUGACACGUGUUCUUACCAUGUUUAAUUGGAUCAUUUCAGCUAUAAAUAAAACCUUUGUUUUCUUUCAUUUCCGAGGGUUCUGUUUUCUCCUCUUGUUUGAGACACCAACUUUGCUUACUAGGAACCUUACUUUUGUUUGAGGAUCAUCCUUGAAUUCAAUGGAACAAGGUUUUCUGUUACCCGACUUUACUUUACCAUCCAACUGGAAGGAUCAUCCUCAAACUAAAUGUUACAUAAAUUUGGACACUGGGGAUGUAUUCUGUUAUAGCGAUGACAUGCUUUGCUUUGUCGAUGCCCCUCCCAAUCAAUCUCCGUUAAAUGAUGGUCAAACCAAAAUGGAAAUUGGGGAUAUACCAUCUGCAACUGACACUCUCUCUGAUUCUUCUGACAAAACAACUCUAGCGAUGAAAGCUGCUAUUCAAAAAUGGAAAACUAAAAUCAAAAUGGACCAAUCAUUUGCGACUGAGGAUUCAUCAGAUUCCUCUAUGAAAACUACUGCGGGAAUGGAAAUCACUUCCACAAAGGGGAAAACUAAAAUGGAAAUAGGGGAGAAUUUGUCUGCAUCUGAGGAAUCAUCCAUGGAAACAACUCUAGCAAUGAACACUGCUUCCAAUAAAGUUAAAGCUAAAAUGGAAAUGGAGGAUGAAUCAUCUGCAAGUGAGGAUUCAUCUGAUACUUAUGAGGCAGAACCAUAUGCAAUGGAAACUUGUCCCGAAAAAGUUGAAGAUCGUAUAGUAAGGAAAAGGCGUUGCGGAACCUGCGGUGGACUAGGACAUAACCGACGAACCUGCUCCUGAGCAAUGUGAAACCUUAAUGUUCUGAUUCAUAUUAGUUUGUGAGAACAAAGUCUAUGUUCCAUUUGUUUUAAGUACAUGAGAAUAUGAUGACAUUCAGAUUAAGCAUGGUUUAUGGUGAUUUCUUUUUGUAUGCAUAUAGCCGUGCAACAUAUUUGCGGCAUCAUUUAGUUUAAAAUGAUGUUAGUAGUUCCUUUCUCAUACAAAUUUACUUUCUUCCUUGCUU